AUGGCAGAUCAUCAGAGACAGAGGAUCCACCCAGUGAAGGUGGAAACACCACCACCCCCAACAACCCCAUUGGUACCUCCAGGUUCCUCAAGAUCAGAAAAGGGUAGCCCAGUGCAGGUGCAGCACCAUCCUCCAUUACUACAUGCCAUGCCAACAAUAUACCCUACACAACCAAAAAGAAGCUGCUUUUGCAAGUGCAUAUGUUGGACACUAAGCUUGCUUGCCCUCUUGCUCAUUAUCUUGGCAGCAACAGCUGGAGCCCUUUACCUAAUCUUCAAACCAAAACUUCCCAAUUACUCAGUUAACACCCUGAGGAUAAGUGAUCUGAGGCUUAACUUUGACCUGAGUCUGUAUGCAAAGUUUGAUGUGAAGAUCACUGCAAACAACCCAAACAAGAAGAUUGGUAUUUACUAUGAAAAAAGUGGAAAGUUGAGUGUGUGGUACACAAACACAAAGCUUUGUGAAGGGUCACUACCCCAAUUCUACCAAGGUCAUCAGAACAAAACAGUGCUCAAUGUGUCCUUAACUGGUCAAGUGCAAUCUGGAAGCACCUUAAUGACAGCACUGCAGCAACAACAACAAACAGGACGCAUUCCAUUGAAUCUCAAGGUCCACGCACCAAUAGCCAUCAAACUUGGGAGGUUGAAGCUGAAGAAGGUGAGAGUCUUGGGCGAAUGCAUGUUGGUUGUCGAUAGCUUAUCAUCUAAUAAUCUGAUAAGCAUCAAGGCUAGCAACUGUAAAUUCAGAAUGAAAAUUUAA